AUGGUGAAUUCAAUCUCAUCCACUUUAUCGUAUUUCAUCCUCGGAGCUUAUUUACAUGUUGGAAGUUUAAGAUACUUUUGCUUCAUGAUGACUGCGAUGGUGUACACUGUAAUUAUUAUUUUCAACACAUCUCUGAUUGUGGUCAUCUGUAUGAACAGAAGCUUACAUGAGCCUAUGUACCUGUUUCUGUGCAGCCUGUUUGUAAAUGAACUGUAUGGUAGCACAGGGCUGUUUCCAUUCCUCCUGGUUCAGAUUCUCUCUGACGUUCACACUGUUUCUGCUUCUCUGUGUUUCCUGCAGAUUUUCUGCUUGUACACAUAUGUAAAUAUAGAGUUUUGUAAUUUAGCUGUGAUCUCUUAUGACAGAUACCUGGCUAUCUGUUACCCUCUACAGUAUAACACACUUAUGACGUCUAACAAGGCGUUUAUCUUUAUUAUUUUUGUGUGGUUUUACUCGUUUGUGAAAUUCUUAAUUACUUUAUCGUUAAACAUCCGUUUGACCCUGUGUGGAAACAUCAUAAACAGCUUGUACUGCAGAAAUUACCUCAUUGUGAAGUUGGCCUGUUCUGACACUGAAAUCAACAACAUCUAUGGACUUGUUGCCACUGCUGGUUCCAUCCUGGUUCCUCUGCUUCCAAUCCUUUUCUCGUACAUGAAAAUUCUUAAAAUCUGUUUCUCAGGUUCCAAACAGACCAGACAGAAAGCUGCGAGUACCUGCACACCUCACCUGGCUUCCCUGCUCAACUUUACGUUUGGCUGCUGCUUUGAGAUACUUCAGAGCAGGUUUGAUAUGAGCGGCGCUCCCAUUGUGCUGCGUAUCGUCCUGUCUCUGUAUUUAGCGAUACUCCAACCUCUUUUGAAUCCCGUCAUCUAUGGAAUGCAAAUGUCCAAAAUAAGAAAUACAUGUAAACAUAUCUUCUGUUAUAAUAAGUUGACUAGUCACGCAGAUCCAAGGUAA